AGCGGAGAAACACCAAUGGAUGGCGGCUGUGCUGCGGUUCAAUGUUCCACCGUUUUUUCAAGUGGAGAGAAAAGGCGACUGACGCUUGAACGGGUGGAGACUGCUACACAUUUAAAUCCCCCGGGUCGGUUUUUCAUCUUUCAGCAAGGCUAACUUUUCUUUUUUUCCUUUUCCUCCCAUCCGUUGGAUUAUUUAGAGCUGUUUUAAUGUCGUAAGUUACAGGUCUGCAAGGGCGUCGUUGUUGGGAAGUUUAUUCCGGGGGGGUGGGGGGGUUUGACCAGCAAAGGGCCAUGGCAGUCGAGGCUCGGCCGGAGCUGGUCGGGAAGCGGUUCCUCUGUGUCAGCGGUGACGAGCCGCCUGAAAUCGGCGACAUUGGUCGGUGGCCGUGGAGGUCCGGGGUUAUACGGGCCGUCAACCAUCGUGACAGCGACAAUGCCGAACUGACGGUAUAUGUGGAGUUUGAUGACCAGGAGUGGGACAAGAGGGAGUGGGUGAAGGUCUAUGAGGAUUUCCAGCUGUUUCUACUAGAGCAUCAGCUGGUCUGGGCCAAGAGGAAGGAGGGCGCAGCAGCAGCAGCAGGAGGGGCAGGAGGCCUACUGCAGGGAUCCAAGGCCAAACACAUACAGUGGCCUGCCCUGACAUUUAAGCCGGUGGUGGGGGAGCGCCUGUUGUCCUCAGUAACAGCAGUGGAGUUCUUAUUGGACCGACAGCUGGACUUCCUGUCAGACCACUCGGCCUACCAUCCGUACCAGGAUGAGGUGGACAGUCAAAACCCAGUGUUAAGAGACAACCCUCAGCUUCAUGAAGAAGUGAAAGGCUGGCUCAAAGACCAGAAGGUGCAGGAAAUUUUUAUGCAAGGUCCCUACUCAUUAAAUGGCUACCGUGUGCGUGUGUACAGACAAGACUCGGCCACCCAGUGGUUCACUGGUAUCAUUACACAUCACGACCUCUUCAGUCGAAACAUGGUCGUUAUGAAUGACCAGGUGCUAGAGCCUCAGAACGUGGAUCCAUCCAUGGUCCAGAUGACCUUUCUGGAUGACGUUGUUCAUUCUUUGCUGAAAGGGGAAAACAUCGGUAUUACCUCCAGGCGAAGGUCGCGAUCCAGUCAGAACAAUAACACUGCCCACAUGGCGGGAGGGAGACCCGGCGGGACCACUGGCAACACUCAGAGUCAUUACACACGAGCCCAAGCUAACAGCCCUCGCCCCAUCAUGACAUCAAUAGGCCCCAACUCUAAAGGCUCACAGGGCAUGCUGGCUUCCCAACAACUGAGCCAAUCGCAGCAGAGUCAGCAACCAGUCAGCCAAUUACACCACUCGCCUGGUGGCAGUGGGCGGGAGCAGAGAGAGCAGCGCAACUCUCGUUCUUCCAGGAGGAAGGGAUCAGAUAGCAGCGUGCCAGAGGAGGAAAAGGACCGAAGAGAAGAGCCCGCGGGGCGAGAGCCCAAGUCCAAGGUGAAACAGUCUGCGAGCAAACGCAGGAAAGGUGACGAAGAUGAGAAGAAGGCGGGUCUAAAGAAGCUGAAGACCGACAUGACGUCCGAUCUGUCCGAGAGCAGCGACUCAGAAAAUCCUCACAAUAAGAGAGCCACCCACUCCUCUUGCUCAUCUUCUUCCUCCACCUCCUCAUCUUCCUCCUCCUCCUCCUCUUCCUCCUCCUCAGAGCCCAACUCUGAGAACGAGCUAAAGACUCGCAGUGACGUGAAACCAAGUGCCAUUUCUAAAAUGGAGGAGGACGAGAAGCCGCUUCUGCAGGGACCCAAGACGAACGAUUCCUCGUCUGUCAUUGGCCGCCUGUCUCCAUGGGCGGAGCUUCAAGUGACAGAGGAUGUCAAAAAGAGCGUAGUGAAGGAAACGAGCAAAAUGUUAUCAAAGGAAGACGAGGAACUGGUAGCAGUAACGCAGAUCACCCAGUCUCCACGGCAACAGACGCCGCUGAUGUCUGAUGUUGUCCAGGGCGGCGUUCUGGAGAACAGCAAGAACACUGUGAAAGCGUCGUCUCGAUCCCAGACGCCAUCGCUGUCCCACCUCCACAGUGCCAGUGUGAUUGACAUCACAGAUGACGCCCAGGCCACCGUGCACCGCGAGAGUUCAGAGGCUGUGUCGGCACUGCUCGCUUCCCAAAAGGCCGAGUCCACGGCCCUUUCGCCUUACCUCUCUCUCAACCCCUCACCCGUCUCCUCGCCUCCUGUAGCUCCGUCUCCCUCACCAUCAGAGGGAGGCCGCAGGACGGAGAUGGAACCUCCCGUGCAGCAGCAAGGCGUCUUGGGAGGCGGCGUUACGGCGACUAAGAGCAUAAGCAGCAGGAUGGAGUUUGCUUCUUCUGAGGUCAUCAGGCCUGUCACAUCGAUAGCUGAAAGUGUGUUGCUGGUGGAAAAGGAGAAAAAUGUCCUUCCUCACCAUCAUCUUCAUCAGCAGCAGCACCAUACACUACAGUCGUUCCACCCUGGCAUGAAGAGUCCCUCUUUGUCUGAAGAGACAAGAAAACACCCUCAGCAGCAACCAGCCCCCCACAAGAUGAACACGGUGCUCCCCCCUGACAUAUCUAAAACUCAGAUCGCCUCCAGCCCAAACCCCAGCUCGACUCACCUGGACUCCCUGAAGCAGAAAUCCCGCCCCGACAGCUCUCCGAGCCCCUCCUACCCAAACGCAAGUCAAGCUGAUCUGGUCAAAGCUAAGACCCACGCAGGCCUGGUGGACAUUUCUAAACCUAAAGCUAACACCUCCCCCGAGGUAUCUAAACAUAAAAUACUGAGGUACUCGGAUACUUCCCCGCCUCCACCGUCUCGUUUGCCCAUUAAAAUAGAGCCGGCAGAACCUCCGCGGUCUGGCUUCAAGCCAGUGCGGUCAGAGUCGGGCGCGGUCAGUACGAGCAGCAACACAAAGAGUCCGCUCAUUAUCAAGAAGAAUGAGCCCUUCACUGUUUACAGAGACCCAGCUCUGGUUCGCUCCGACGCAGAGAACUCCGCCUCUGCAACAGUCUCAUCCAAUCACGUGGCAGCCUAUCUCCAUCCCCACCUGCACACGUUGCACUCCCCCCACUCGCCCUGCCUUACCCCUGCGUCACACCCCCACGCAGCUUCCCAUCUCCUUGCUCCUGCUCACACCUCCGCCCUGCCUCACCCACACCUUUUGCCUCCCACUGUGCUCCCAGCCAUGGCCCCUCCUGCAGCAUCUCUCCACCCUCGACUCGACUCUCCGGGAGGUCUGGGUCACCUUGCUCUGCCCCACCAGCAGCAGUACCUACAGGGCCAGGGCCACCCUUCACCAUCUCUUCUAGCCCAAGCUCACAGCGGGGCUGCAGGACUUGGUCUGUACCCAAUCCUGUGGCAGUACCCCAACGGAACACCAACGUCCUACCCACCAGGGCUCAACCUGCCCCCCACAGCUAAGUGGGUCCACCCUGAAAAUCCUGUUACUGUGAAUUCUGAGGCCUCUCUCAGGAGGAAUACUGCCAGUCCAUGGCUCCAUAAGACUGCUGGUGCUGCUGCUGACAGUUUGGGAAUGCUGAGCCACGUUCCUGUCCGGCCAGCCAGCGCCGAUGCCCACCGCCCCCCUGUCAAGAUCGCCCACACGAGCCCUCCAUUGUCAAAGACCAGCAUGGAUCUUCAUAAAGAAGAUGUGGAUAAGAAAGGCUAUGUGGAUCCCAUGAGGACAAUGACACUGGCACAGCUUAAACAGGAGCAGACAGACAGAAGUCGCACUCCAACAGGAAAAGAUGUCCAUCUACACCACCUUUACCUGGAUCCCCACAGCAAGGCCCGUCUGACAAAUCCACAGGAGGCACUCCAGGCAGCAGACCGAGUCAGCAAAUACAAAGAGGAAAAUCGUCAAAUCCUGAAGGAGAGCAUUGAGGUCGCUCCCUUCACGGCUAAAAUACAGCGCUCCAUUGACCCUGCGAUGGACAGGGACAGAGAGAGAAGCAGAGAUUCGAGCUUUUCUGUUCGGAUGCCGGGUCUUCCCUCGCCAAGCCCCAAGACUAGCCACGCCCUCACUCAUACCAUGCAGUCAGAAAAGAGCAACUAUUAUACCACGCUGUCUAACAGUGUGGUGAAUGAGCCUCCCAGACUCUACCCCUCCAAAGAUGUCGGUCCUUACUAUGAGAAAGUGUCGAUCAGGGCCCCGGGGGUCGUGGCCGGUGUUGGGGCCGCCGUGCAAAGCCCAGGAGCUCUGUCGAUGAGCAGCUACCACACCAGCUCCAAAAACUCCCUCUCCAAGCCCCCUCCUCUCAUCAAGCACCAGCCGGAGGGAGGAGAAGGCUUAGCAGGGAAAAUCACCGAGCAGCUCAGUCAGCAGGUGACCCUCGUUCAGCCGCAGCAUCAGCUCCACACAGGUGUAGACAGGAUAGACCGUCGCAGCCCUGCUAUUUCUCCUCCUUCCUCCUUGUUGUCCUCUUCAUCCUCAGCCUCUAACCAACACCAUCACCAUCAUCACCUACAGCAGCAGCAGCAACAGCUCAGGGCAAUGCCAUCUCUCCACCGAGCACCUGUCUUCCAUCCACCCACACAGCACGCGCUGGAACGCAAAGAGGCUGCAGAGAGGGAAAGAGCCGCUCACGGUGGACGCCUCUCUCCACCAACCCUCACACCCAUUCAGCCAGUAACUGGUAGCAAAACAUCAGCAGAGCAGCAGAAGCCCCCUACGUUGCUGCCAGAGCUCAGGGACAUCAAAGGUCACGGAACUGCUGCUGCCAUCGCCUUUGUGGCCUCUGCCACCCCCGGGGAGAUGGCGGCUCCAUCAGCAGAUGGGUGCAAAGGCAGAGACUUGAUCGAGGAAAGAGGAGGGGUGUGCUCUGGAGAUAAGGGGUUCUCAAAAAAUAAGCCCCAGUCGGCAAUGGCAUCGGUCAUUGUGCGAUCGUCUAUAAAGUACGAUAGUCCCGUUGGUGCUAAGAAAUCUGGUGCUCUUAUCCACAAAGAGCUCCCCCAGGGGAGGUUCUACACAUCCAAGCUUCAGGACGAAUGUCCACGACUAGGGGAGGGUUUAACAGAACCUGCAGCAGGUAGGGUCAUUCAGCCUAACUUGAACCUGGAGGAGAUCCGUUAUAAAAAGACCCCUGUGCCAGGCGUGUCAGGACCUGUGGGAGCCGGUGCUACAAACUCUGUGUGCAGGACUGCCAUUUUAGUCUCCUCAGCUUUUGGCUCUCAGAGUAAAACCGGGAACGCUACUCCAGAGCCAGUUUACUCGGCUCGAUGUGACUUUGCAGCACUCAAAACUGGCACUGGGGGUCGGGUGCUCUGCCAUAUAAGACCAGAGACAGAAAAGGAGCUCCAGGAGGACUUUGGCUCACACACAUCUCCAGGGGUCUCUCUGAAUCCUGCGAGUGUAGCAGGACCACCCCGCCCCAGCCCAAGCCUUACCCCAACACCUAGCUCAAUCUCUGGCUCGAGUCAGCCUUACGCCUCUUCGUUUAUCCACCUCAAGAAGCACAAAGCUGCUUUGGCUGCGGCACAGUCCAGAAGCAACCUUUCUACUCCUCCCACGUCAGUCACAACUGAAAAUUCUUCCUUAACUGUGGAUUCCACUGAGAAAACCCCAAUUUCCAGCUCCCCGCCUCCACCUGCUACUAGUCAGGCUUCCUCGGUCUCAUUUGACAGCAGUAGCAAUAGCUCAGUGAGCAGGAGUACCACACCAGGCAAGUCAAGUCCCCUGCUUAAUGGCCAGUCCCUGGGAUCAGCCUUAGCGAGCUCUGCGCAGCCCAACAACUACCACAAGCUGAAGAAAGCCUGGUUAACCCGGCACUCCGAGGAGGACAGGAACACAGCUACUACUACAAGCUCCAGUAUGAAAGUGGAGAAAAGUCCUAGCACCACUACCACAAGUAACACAACAGCCAUGUCAGAAAUGAUCAAGCCCUGUACAGUCAAUCUCAGCGCCUCCACCUCCAACGAGGUAGAGAUGAGCAAAGACGUUGGAAGCAAAGCUGACAGAGACAGACAGCCUGAGGAAAAGUUGGCAGGAGCUCCAGGAGGCGGGGAGGAGAGAAAAGUGGGGUCAAGGAGGGUGAACAAACGCACAUACGAGUCUGGUUCGGAGAGCGGGGGAGAUGAUUCUGACACCAGCGAGAGCAAGAUGGAGGGCCGAGCCAAGCGUCAGCCUAAACCAACCUACAAGAAGAAGCAGAACGACAUGGCCAAGAAGAAAGGAGACAACGACAAAGAGGAGGAUGACGUGAAGCCCAACGGCAUCUUCAGAUCAGCCCGAGAGAAGACUAAACUCAAACUGGCCAGCAGCAAUGGGAUCCCUCGCUCUGUGCUCAAGGACUGGAGGAAAGUGAAGAAGCUGAAGCAGACGGGAGAGUCUUUCCUGCAGGAUGAUUCAUGUUCAGAAAUUGGCCCCAACCUGCAGAAGUGUAGGGAGUGCAGGGUGGUCCGCAGCAAGAAAGGGGAGGAGCCCGCUCACUCCCCCGUCUUCUGUCGUUUCUACUAUUUCAGACGGCUUUCCUACAGCAAGAAUGGCGUCAUCCGGAUGGAUGGCUUCUCCACUCCAGACCAGUUUGAUGAUGAGGCCCUCAGCCUGUGGGUCCCGGGGCCAAUGGAGCAGAGCCACCUGGACCAAAGCACAGCCAAGUACAUCCUGAGCUUCAUAGGAGACAAGUUCUGUCAGAUGGUUGCAACAGAGAAUACUGCAUCCAGCUGGAUUAAGAAGGAUGCCAAGCUGGCGUGGAAGCGAGCAGUGAGAGGCGUGAGGGAGAUGUGUGACGCAUGUGAAGCCACACUUUUCAACAUCCACUGGGUCUGUCAGAAAUGUGGCUUUGUUGUCUGCCUAGACUGCUACAAGGCCAAGGAGAGAAAGAGCUCCAAAGAUAAAGAGCUGUAUGGAUGGCUAAAGUGUGUUAAAGGCCAACCCCACGACCAUAAACACCUCAUGCCAACCCAGAUCAUCCCUGGCUCAGUGCUGACAGAGUUGGUGACAUCCAUGCACUCCCUAAGAGAAAAACACAAUAUAAAGUCUCACUGUCCCUGUACCAGCAAACAGAACCUUCUCACCAAACUGCCUGCCACCAACGGAGUCUCACAGGUUCUGCAGAAUGUUCUGAACCACAGCAACAAGCUGUCCCUGGUGAAAGCUGAGCCAGGCUCUCUGCAGACCUCUGACCUAGGAGGAGUUAAGUCAGAAACUAAUGGAGGAGGUGGUGGAGGAACCAGUCCAGGUAACGAUGGUGCAAAUGCUCCCAUCACCCCGCCAGAGUCCCAGUCGCCUCUGCACUUCCUGGCAGACUUGGCAGAGCAGAAAUCCAGGGAGGAAAAAAAAGAAAACAAAGAGUCGGUGGUGCUGGGUAAAUCUGUGAAGGAAGACAAAGAAGGGGACAGCCUGGAAGUCCUGCAGCAGUGUAAAACCCCCUCACUGGGUAACAGUACAGAGCAGGGCUCCACACUCAGAGAUCUCCUCACCAGCACAGCAGGGAAGCUGAAGCUGGGCUCCACUGACGCAGGAAUAGCCUUUGCACCUGUCUACUCCACUGCUUCACAGACUGGGAAGGGUGGGCGGAGCAUGCCCAAUAUCCUCGAUGACAUCAUUGCUUCGGUUGUAGAGAAUAAAAUCCCCGCCAGCCGCCAGAACAUCACCACUAAGUUGUCAGUGAAGCAAGAGCCCAUCACCCUAAGCAACAGUAACAACAACAACGCCCCAGCUGAGGAAGCCAAAGCAGAGAAGAAAAAGUCGGCACCUGUUACUGCAGCAGAAGCAGAGGACUCGAGCAGUCAGUAUCCAGACAUCCCUCACUGCUGGCUGAACAACAGACAGCUGCUGUGGCUCAGAGAUCACCGCAACCAGAACAACUGGAAGCUCUUCAGAGAGUGUUGGAAACUCGGACAGCCUGUGCUGGUGUCUGGGAUCCAUAAGCGACUGAAUGCCAGUCUGUGGAAGGCCGACUCCUUCAACCAGGAGUUUGCAGACCAUCAGGGAGACCUCCUGAACUGUAAAGACCAGGUGCUGUCCAACUCUGGGAUCAAGGAGUUCUGGGAUGGAUUUGAAGACAUCACCAAGCGACCAAAGUCCAAAGAUGGCGAGCCCAUGGUUUACCGACUGAAGGACUGGCCAUCUGGAGAAGAGUUUAUGGCCCUCAUGCCUUCAAGAUAUGAUGACUUGAUGAAGAAUCUGCCUCUGCCAGAGUACUCUGAUCCAGAAGGGAACCUCAACCUGGCUUCUCACCUGCCUUCAUUCUUUGUCAGGCCAGAUCUGGGGCCAAGACUCUGUUGUGCCUAUGGUGUAGCUGCAUCUCAGGACCAGGACUUUGGGACUGCAAACCUCCACGUGGAAGUCUCCGAUGUGGUCUCUGUUCUGGUCUAUGUUGGAAUAGCCAAAGGCAAUGGAGUCUUGUCCAAAACUGGAGUGUUGAAGCGUCUGGAAGAGGAGGAUCUAGAUGAGGGGGUUCGAAAGAGAUUAAAAGACUCGAGUGAAACACCAGGGGCGCUGUGGCACAUCUACCUCAACAGAGACAUGGACAAAGUCAGAGACUUCCUGCACAAGCUCUCUAAGGAGCAGGGUUUGGACUUGUCGCUGGACCAGGACCCCAUCAGAGAGCACGCAUGGUACCUGAGCAGGAAGCAGCGUCAGCGGCUGCUGGAUGAGCAUGGAGUUCAGGGCUGGACAGUAGUUCAAUUCCUGGGAGACUCUGUCCUUAUACCUGCAGGGGCCAUGCAUCAGGUCCAAAACCUCCACAGCUGUGUUCAAGUCAUCAAUGACUUUGUGUCUCCUGAGCACGUGGCUAACUCCUUCCACCUGACCCAGGAGCUACGACCCAACAAAGAGGAGGUCAACUAUGAAGACAAACUACAGGUGAAGAACAUCCUGUACCAUUGUGUGAAGGAGGCAGUGAGUUCCCUUAAAAAGAGCGGCUCUGAGAAAGACGACGAGGAACACAACUCAUGAUGCCCUCUCAGCCUCGUUCAUGCCUUUCACAGAUGGCUGUGACUCCCAUCAGCACCUCACCCUUUCUACACCCUCCUCCUUCUGCCGCGGAGGGCUGCGUCACGUGACCACAAUAAAUGGCUGGCUCAAAGCUGGUCAUGUGAUCCAGAGGACCUCACAGUGUGAACCGCAUUCAUGUCACACAUCCAGUGGCCAGUGAGAGGCACUGCCACCUUUGUCAUCACCCCAAACCUUUAGUGCCAAGAGGAGACAAACUGAAGAGCAGCUGGGCUGAGAGGGCUGAAAGCCCCACAGGCUCCAAACACAAAGCGAAUGCUGGCUGGGAGCCUUACUAAAGCCAGUGUGAUGGAGGGAAUCAGCACUACAAACCUCCAAACUCUUUUGCAUCCAGCUGAAAUGCAGUUUCCACGGAGGCUCAGACUGUCCCGUAAGUAGCAGCGAUGGUGGAGCCGCUCUCACUGCUUUGGAUUAUAAAGGCCAGGAGCUUUAACCUAUGGCAGCAGCUAACACAGCGUCUUGGACAGAAGAUUUUGCUGAUCGCGUCAGCAUCACCAGCAGCAUUAGGAUCAAAACUGGCAUCUCUGAUGUUUCACCAGGAAAAGAAAAAAGAAAAUGCAAACCAGAAAUCUCAGAUGUUUUAGUCAGUAGCCUCUGCUGCUCCCUUGUUUGUCGUUCCUUCGUGUCUGUUCUUGUCCUUUUUUCUAGUUUUGUUGUGCUUUUUUUCCAGGAUGUCUUUUCAUCUAACCUUGUUUUAUCUCCUCUGUGAAGAUGUAUUUAUUUCAUAGCUCUAUUAAAUGCAGUGUUAUUGAAACAAAAUGCAUUAUGUAAAUGUGAGUUGUACAGUUUGUUUUCUUUUGCUGUUUUUCAGUUGUAAUACGGCUCUACUGUGAUGGAGGACACACACACACACACACACACACACACACACACACCAGCUAAUGCCUGUACUUUGGGAAAUGUUGACGCUCUACAGUCCUCAUGCCAUAAAUACAUUUUCUGAAAAUGACCUGCCAAACUAUUGUAGACUGUGUAAAGUUGUAUUAUGUAAAGGAAAAAACAAACAAAAUGGCUUAUACACGUCAGCAUUUUAUGAAAAAAGUAUUUGCUGUAAAAAUGAGACAUUUACAGAAAAGAUGUAA